AAAGCAGGAGAUUAACUGGGGCUGAGGAACAUGGAAAACAUCUGAAACACAACACUGGUCUGGGCACAACCAUGUUGACGUAUUGUGUAUGUAUGGAUGUAUCUAAUUCCAAUGGGGCAAAAUGGGACAGCCCACAGUAGAGAUCGACUAUAAAAAGCUAAGGCGUUCAGUACAGGACGCACAAUCAGGGGCGGAUACUCGUUUUGUUCUCCUCCUUCACGGUUUGGUCUGACCGAGAGAGAGAGAUCGUGUUGUUUCGGGUAGCUACCAUCGGCAUACGGCAGGUGAGUUCACUACAGCUCACACGGAGUUUAUAGACUACGAGCCUGGCAGUUUAUCUAUCUCGUGUUAAUUAUAGCGAGUGUCCUGGUUUCAGCACCGCAGGUCGUUAACAGCUCCACCAGCACCAGAGGAGAGCGGAGAUUUGAAGAGCCCCUCCCCGCCCAAGGAACAGCCAGAGCGGGUAGAGUCCAAGCGCAGCCCUGUUGUCAGUUUCAGCACCACCAGCAGGGAAGAGCAGAGCUGUCCAAACAUCCAGCAGUUUGUGACCGCUAUCGUCGGCUGGAUCAUCCACACAACACAACACCCCCAAGACAGCUAUAACCGGGAGUAAUCCAGCGGAAAAUAGCAUACCACCACCGAUUGAGUGGAUAUUUUAUUUCAGAAUGGCGUCCAAAGGAAUGGGAGUACUCCUUCUGCUCGGGAUUUUUGCUGUGACUGUCUCCCAGAUUUCUGCUUUCCCCACACCUGCCGAGGAUGAUAAAGCUGUAGUUUACAACAGACGACUGACUGAGGAGAGACCAAUCCAGGAGCAGAUUGCAGAGGCAGAUGAUGUGAAAGCAGCAGUGGAGUCUGCAGACACCAAACCUGCUGUGGAGCCUAAAGAGGUGAAGGAGGCGGAACCAGAGCAAGAGAACGAUGACUUCACUCUGCUCAAGUCCCUGGCCGAAGGUCAAAGGUCAAAAGAGACCAAUGAGACGCCGGUCAGAGAGAGCCUGGAGGAGGAGCCUUACUUCCCAGACGAAUCAGAUUCCACCAAGAACCGCCGGCUAGCCGAAGACUAUGACUCAACAAAGAUGGAAAACGGCAAGUACCAAGAUGACCCAGAGAGCUUCAGGCAGGUGGAUGGUACCCCUCUAACGGCCGAAGACAUCGUCCAGAAGAUUGCUACUAAGAUAUACGAGGAGGAUGACAGAGGGGUAUUUGACAGGAUCGUCUCCAAGCUGCUCAGACUGGGCCUGAUAACAGACAGCCAGGCAGACAGUCUGGAGUACGAGGUAGCCGAGGCUCUUCAGGACCUCAUCACUAAGAACGCAAAGAACAAUGAGAUCGAGGACCUGGGAGUGGACUAUCCCAUAACCCGGGGUGACCAGGAUGAUGAGAAUCCCGACGCUAGCAUGGAUGUUACUGGGUCCCCCAACCGUCGGUACGAUGAAGAAGAUGAUGAUGAAGAUCAGGCGGCCAUUGACGACGAUGUGGACAGAGGAGAGGGGGAUGACACAGUGGAUAACACCUGGGAUAGAGAGAGUGAGGGAGAAGGGGAGGAGGAGGAGAGGAGUGAGGGAGAGAGAGAUGAGGGAAAUGAGUUGAGCCCAGAGGAUGGUCUUCAGGACCUUCAGUACUUCCCCAACUUCUACCGUCUGCUAAAGAGUCUAGACUCAGAGCAAGAUGCCCAGGAGAAAGAGACUCUGAUCACUAUCAUGAAGACUCUGAUUGACUUUGUCAAGAUGAUGGUGAAAUAUGGAACCAUCACACCUGAAGAGGGAGUCUCCUAUCUUGAGAACCUGGAUGCUAUGAUCGCUCUGCAGACCAAGAAUAAGCUGGGGAAAACAUUGAGGAUCACUGGCAUCAUCCCUCCUACAGGGAAGACCCCAGAGGACGAUGACAACACCAAGGCAGAGGCGGCCAAGAUGCAGAAGGAGUAUGAGAACCUGAAAGACUCAACCAAGGAAGAAGCGCCGUCCACUGAGGCCAGAGAUCACCCAGGCAAGUCUGAGAUCUACUUGGAAGCCAUCAGGAAGAACAUUGAGUGGCUGAAGAAACACAACAAAGACGAGGGCAAAGACGAUUACGACCUGUCCAAAUUGAGGGACUUCAUGGACCAACAAGUGGACUCCUACAUUGACAAGGGCAUCAUUGAGAAGGGUGAGGGAGAGACCAUCAAGAGGAUCUACGGCAGCCUGUAAUCUUCAACCAACCUUAAAAAAAACAACAACCAACCUUCAAACACCUACGACCAACCUUCAAAAAACCUACUGGAAAUGUAUGACGAUUGAUAAACCUGUGAUAAACCUAUGAAUAGGGCCUAGAGUUGUUCCUGUUCUGGUAACAUGGUUUGGAAAAACUCCUGGCUUUACGACUCACUCACAAUGAGCAGAAUCCAAACUUGACUUGAUGAUCCCCGAAAGUAACUGACUCUGAUUUUGGUGUGAAUUCUUGCCUUGAUGUCAGUGGGAGUUUGGUGUGAAAGUUUGAGUAAAGCGAGUGGAUCUCAAGUUAGGAUUCGGCCUCUAUGAGAUGAAAGGUAUGACCUUUAUGUAUUAAAAAUAAACAAUUUAGGCAAAAACAUAUUGUAUUUGACAUUCCAGAAAGCUGGAAUGCAAUGAUGGUAAUAUUAUCACUGAAAGUAUAUAUUCAACUAUACAGCUAGAAAACAAUCAGCAAUAGUCCGAUGUCACUGAAUGGCACUGACUCAAUUGGGAAGGGGAAAUUCAAUAGUUAUUCUGUCAAAUCAACUGACUGACUGAUCUAACUUACUAGAUGACAGCUUUGACUACCUUGAGGAGUGAAAUGUUGACCUACUGAGGGGGAAUGAGUGUUCAACCAUCCCAAUGGACACAUAGUGGUUGACUCAACGUUGUUUCCACGUCAUUACGUUGAACUAAUUUGGAAUAGACGUUGAAUUGACAUCUGUGCCUAGUGGAAAGGUUGUUUCCCAAAUGGCAUACUAUUCCUUAUUUAGUGCAUUAUUUUUGACCAGGCCCCAUAGGGCUCUGGUUAAAAAUAGUGCACUAUAUAGGAGGUAGGGUGCCAUUUGGCACAGAGAUGGGUCUGAUAGUAGAGUUCCAACUGUAGCUUUCUCAUCGAUUGCAGGUAAUAUGUAUGUCUUUGCAAUAGACUUUUGCAGCAAGUACACAUAUAUCUAAAUGUAUUCAUUCUAUGUAAUCUGUCCUAUCAUAUUCUAAUUAAUGUUUUUUCAAUCCAGCAUCAAUGUAAAAUCUAUUGUAUUAAGGCUUUUAACUCAACCAAAAACAGCUGUGUUGUCCAAUAUCAUUUCAGCCCUGUAUGUCCAUCCUCUUCGUUCUGGGGUAAUUCCUUUGGGGCCCUCCAGGGGGCCCUGUUUGUGUCAUUUCCCUCUAUCUGAUUUCUGCAAAAUGGGUAGUAGUGGGAAGUUGCCUCUAGAUGCUGAUCGUGGAUCAGUUGUACAUUUUCCCCACUAAUGGUAAAGGUUAGGAUUGUGGGAGGACAAGCUGAUCCUAGAUCUGUCCCCACCUUCUAUAUGUCUCAGUAUAUUGAACAUGUAUACUACCACUCUAAAGAUACAAAAUGAAGUAUUUUUAAAUGUAAAUAUGUGUGAUGUUUUUUCCAAAAAUGUAAAAGCAAUUAAAACAUUGCCUUUCUUUA